UUCCCCUCCCUUAUUUAAACUCUUCUUUCCCCAGGCCACGCCUCGUCAAGCCUUCCCCUUUUCAAAGCCUGCCCCUCGCGUCGGAAUUGGCUGAUGCUGUGGAAACAGUUUCUCCCCUCCACGCUGAUUGGCCUACCGGCGCGGCAAGGUUUGGCUCCGUCGUUCCCGAUUGGCUGCUUCGUUAGAGGCUCCGCCCCAUUCGUGCUGUGAGGAGGGGAUCGGGGCUGGGCCGAGGGUCCCGGCCGCCCCCCACCUUCCCUCCCACCGCACCCAGUUUAGGUUCCAGGGUAGCGGCGCGAUGGCGGCGGCGGCGGCGACGACGACGACAGCGGGCUCGCUGGGGUCCGGGUCAGGGCCCGGGGGGGCGGCCAGUAAUGCUUUCCCCCCGAUGGGCACUUGCUCGGCGGCAUCGGGGGUCUCUGGGGGGCUCGGGCCGGUCCCGGUGCCCAUGAACCUCUUCGCCACCUGGGAAAUCGAUCGCUCAGCGCCCAGCUGCGUGCCCAGGCUGUGCAGCCUUCGCCUGAAAAAGCUGACCGUGCUGCGGGAACUAGACAAGGAGCUUAGCUCUGUGCUCAUUGCUGUGAAGAUCCAGGGCUCAAAAAGAGUCUUGAGAUCCAAUGAAUAUGUUUUACCACCUGGAGGCUUGAUGGAGACUGAUCUGGAGUUAACAUUUUCACUGCAGUAUCCACAUUUCCUGAAAAGAGAUGGUAACAAGCUCCAGAUCAUGCUGCAGCGCAGAAAACGGUAUAAGAAUAGAACUAUUCUGGGCUACAAGACUCUGGCAGUGGGCAUCAUUAACAUGGCUGAGGUCAUGCAGCACCCCACAGAUGGAGGGCAGCUUUUGGGCCUUCACAGCAACAUCAAGGAUGUGAGCAUCCGGGUGGCUGAAAUCAGCAUCUACUCACUUUCUAGUCAACCUAUCGAUCAUGAAGAUGGAAAUGUCCCCUCUGGUCCCAAAAUUAAGGCAUCUGAUCGCUCUCCAGAUAUUGAUAACUAUUCUGAAGAAGAGGAUGACAGCUUUUCCUCUGAACAGGAAGCCAGUGAUGAUGCAGUACAGGGCCAGGAUUUGUAUGAUGAAGAUGAUGAAAUGAGGAAGCCAAAGAAGGCCAGGCGGAAAAUGAUCCGAACUACAUCAAUGACCCGACAACCAAACUUCAAGCAGAAAUUUGUUGCCUUGCUGAAGAGGUUUAAAGUGACAGAUGAGGUUUUGGAUUCUGACCCAGUGGAUCAGACCCAAGAAGUGGAGGAAGACCUGGGUUUGCUCUAUGACAGCCUUGAGGAAUGCAACAAUAGUGACAGCGGCCCUGAAAUUGAAGAUAAUGAAAGUGUUCAUAGCACUCCUAAGCCAACUUUGAGGCGCUUCUUUGAGGGCGUCUCUCACUCUGGUUCCCAGACUGAGAUCAGCAGUCUGCACAGCCAAAAAGGGCAGGAGCGAGAGUCGGGCAGCCCUGGAGAAGCAGAGAAGUGGAAAGUGGGUAUCCCACGCACCCAAGAUGAGGCUGCUGUGGAAAAUGCAGCUAUGGAGCAAUUCUGUGCUAAAGCCACACCGAUGGAAGAAGAGCAUGUGCCAGGAAAUGAAACCUUCCUCGUGGCGCUCCCAGAUGAGGAUUCCUGCCAGAAAUUUGUGCCAUUUGUUGGGGUGGUGAAAGUGGGACUUGUGGAGCAGUCCUUCAGCACUUCAGUUGAUUCUGAUGAUGCUACCAUUUGCUCCACCUCACUGCUGAGCUCAUCAUCUCCAUCUGGUGGAGGGAUCCCUUAUACCAAGGAAGCUAUAGGAACCCCUCCGCCCUCUCCUUCUGUCAGCAGUGGGCUCUCAGGAACUGGCAAUUUGAGCCCUGGUGUGGAGGUGAUGGGUCUGCAGGUGGACUACUGGACAGCACAGGGGCCAGAGAAGAGAAAAGAGGCUGAAAAGCGGGAAAUAGGCAUCAAGAACACCCUGAAAAGCAACUUCCGCUCCCUGCAGGUCAGCCGCAUCCCUAGUCCAGGAGAGCUCGCCCCACCUAACACCAUGGCAAUGACUGUGGUCACCAAGGAGAAAAACAAAAAAGUGAUGUUCCUAAGCAAGAAACCCAAGGAGAAGGAUUUGGAACCCAAAAGCCAAGUGAUCGAAGGGAUCACUCGCCUGAUCUGCACAGCCAAGCAUCAAAACACCAUGUUGCGUGUUUGUAUUGAUGGUGUGGAGUGGAACGAUGUGAAGUUUUUCCAGCUGGCUGCACAGUGGCCAACGCACGUCAAACAUUUUCCAAUUGGCAUCUUUGGCUACUCAAAGAGUGUGUGAUAUGAAACAAGCCGUAUGGAAGAGCCUGGGCUCUGCCAGAUGGACCAGGAGGAGGAGCAUCCGCUUCCUUUGCUUCUGAAGACUGACUGCCCAUAUACAGCCGACUCUGGCAAGGGCUCUACUUGCUCCAUUUGUUCUGUGCAGGGAGCAUCCCAAUUUGCUUUAUGUCUCACCCAUGAGUUUUUUAGUUUAACGUGAACUUGGGUUGUAGGAAAGGGAAGGAAGACAGAUGCACACACAAAAACACAAGAGAGAAAUGGCUUUUCCACACAGACUCUUGGGACUAGAUGAUCAGGCCUGUCUUCUCUGUUCAUGUGACAUCAGGAAGGAAAGAGGCUGAGCAGGGUUGAAUAGCUUCCCAAGUUGCUUGUGGAAGGUGGGACAGAGUUCCUUUCCAUGCCUUGUCUAGCUGGCUUGGGCAAGAAAUGGGAAGGCAGGUCUUCUUUUAACUUGCUGCUACCUUGUAAAUCUCUAAUGGGGAAAAAAAAUGUGUGUUAACAUCCUUUUCCUAGAAUUGCUUAGCCAGGCUUGCCCAGAAGCAUUCUGGACCAGUUGACCUCUGCCCGUAAGUGCCAAUGGGCAGCCCUCUAUCUCAGAAUUCACCGAGGGCUUUGGCAUCUUGCAGUUUCUUUUUAACAUGAAGCCCUGUCUCUCCUCUUAUUUGGAGUGGAGCUGGCAUUGUUCUCACACAAUUGGAAUGCGUAGAGCAGAGUAUCUAACACAAGAGUAAGGAAUUGAUAACUGAGACAAGCAUGAUUUCUGGAUCUGCUCCAGAGGCUGCUUAACAGGAGGUGGUCCGCGAGCCGUUUUGUGUUGUUCUUACCUUCUUAAGCAGCUAGAGGGACUGUUUCCUCCAUCCAUCAGCUGUGAGCACAACAGAAAGAAGAUGGCACAUAACUGGACUUCAGCCAGGAGAAAAUGGUCCAGGCUGUGCCGUGAACCAAUAGACAAAAGAGUACUCUUUUUUCCCAGCCAUGUAAAGGAAAGAAUCGUAGGCUAGAUUCUGAAUGAACCACCCUUUCAAUAAAAUAGACGGGAAAAACUUUGCUAAGCAGUAUUGGGGAGGGGAAGAUGGAAGGGGGCGGGGAGCUAUAAGCUCUUCUUCAGAGUAAGAAAAGGUAUCUGGAGGGACGGGGUUAGGCCAUUUUCUCCCCAGAAGUAUUUUAGCUCUGCGUAAAUGUUGCAUAUUUGUUUCCUUUGCCUGUACCACACUGCUGUGCCCUGCUGUAUAGGUCAGGCGAAGUACUAAUAUCUAGA